UCUACCUCAGCUCGAGCCUCACAACUUGCAGUCUUGCACUAAGAAAGAAAGGGGAAAGGGAGGGUUCGUCACCAAGAAGUGUAACCAGACAGGCAUAGAGCCAGGCCCCCAAGCUCCUUGGCCAGAGAGAGAUCAAUGGAGUUCUUCCGUUCCCAGCCGGAUCUCUCCCUCCAGAUCGGCCUCCCCACCAGCGCAACACCCCAUGACCACCACCACGCCGCCCUCAACGCGAGGUUUUUCGCGGCUGCUGCUGACAGCGGCAAUGGACUUGGCAACCCAGCGGCCAUGGCGCCGUCGCUGCAGCUGCCCAUGCCCAUGCCCAUGCCGCUGCCGCUACCUCUGCCGGUUCCCAUGGCCCCCAACGCCGGUGCGGGCACCCACGGCAGCCUGUACUACAACCCGCACCACCCCGACGCCGGCGCAGUGCUGCGGUCCAUACGUGGCGUGCCGCUGUACGAGCACCCGCACCCGGUAGCGCCGCCGCACGGCGCCGGCCCGUGCUACUGCGAGUCGUGCCACGUCUCCGGCGCCUGGCGCCGGGCCGGGUGCGGCGCCGGGGCGCGCGUCGGCGGGUUCGGCCCCCCGGCGAAGCGCGCCGCGCGCGCGCCCCGCAUGCGGUGGACGUCCACGCUCCACGCGCGCUUCGUCCACGCCGUCGAACUCCUCGGCGGCCACGACAGGGCAACGCCAAAGUCAGUUCUUGAGCUGAUGGAUGUGAAAGAUCUCACCCUGGCUCAUGUCAAGUCUCACUUGCAGAUGUACAGGACCGUGAAGAACACCGAAAGGCCGGCAGCAUCGUCAGAUCAAGCUGAUGGGUUCGAGAACGGGUCGGCCGGCGAGAUCUGCGACGACAACUCGCUCGAUCUGCACGGCUACGGCGGCGGUGACGGCAGGCUGGAGGCGGCGGCUGCAGCUCGGCAUGGAAGGUUAGGUGCUUUUAACGAUCAUGGGAGCAGCGGUGCUCAUGGUGCCCUCUGGAAUAGCUCCUCAAGGGAGGACUGGUCUGGCUUUCCCAGUGAGUCCAACACCGGAAGCAUGCAAUCUCUCAUCAAGGACCAGAUGCAAUGCAAGAGCCUCGAGCUAGAGAUCCUCUCGGACAUGAACUCCUGCGUGUCGGAGACGACGUCGAGCACCAGCGAGCUGAACCUCGAGUUCACCCUAGGGCGGCCGCAGAACCGGCCAAACUGACAAGAUCGAGCGCUAAUCGAUCGUCGACGCCCAAAGGUCAUCGUCGCCGACAAAGGAUUAGCUAGGGGCACUUUGCAUGAUCAUGUUAACAUGGUCCCAGAGAGGCAUCAUGCAUCUCUCACUGAUAAAAGGAGGUGGUGAAUUGAAGGACACAUGCAGAAAAGAAGCAAAGCUAGGUAGCUAGGUAGUGGCACUGGUAGAGAGUUGAAAGCAUCGUGAUGGAGAUGUGGUUUGUGUUUAGGGCAUUUUAAAGGGCUUUUUGCCGCGACAAUGAGCCAGGGGGAGAAAGGAAAAGGGGUGACCUGUGUUCUUGCUUUCUGUUGGUUUUUCACCGGUAUUAAAUUCAUACUAGAAAACAAGAAUAAAUUCUAACAAUUAUCUUCUUAAUCUUGCUUUC